AUUCAGUCACCUGGUAAUGUGGGGAACAUGAGAGACAUUGCAAUGGACAGCUUGGAGAAAUAUGGAGUUGGAGUCAUUGAUCCCAGUAAGAUAUUUGAUUUCUACAAUGAUCUUCAUAGCUAUCUGGCAAGCAAUGGUGUAGACGGAGUCAAGGUGGACGUCCAGAAUCUGAUUGAAACUUUAGGUUCUGGAUGUGGAGGUCGAGUGAUGUUGACUAGACAGUAUCAGGAAGCACUUGAGAAAUCUAUUUCAAGAAACUUUAAAGAAAAUAAUUUAAUUUGUUGCAUGAGUCACAACUCUGACUCAAUUUACAGUUCGAAGAGAAGUGCAAUUGCAAGAGCAUCAGAGGAUUUCAUGCCAAGAGAGCCGACAUUUCAGACCUUGCACAUUGCUUCUGUAGCUUUCAACAGCUUUCUUCUUGGGGAGAUUGUUGUUCCAGACUGGGACAUGUUCCAUAGUAAACAUGAUACUGCUGACUUCCAUGGUGCUGCAAGAGCAUUGGGUGGAUGUGCAGUAUAUGUAAGUGACAAGCCAGGCAUUCAUGACUUCAAAAUCCUUAAGAAGCUCGUGUUGCCUGAUGGGUCUAUCCUGAGAGCUAGACAUGCUGGCCGUCCCACAAGAGAUUGCUUAUUUGAAGAUCCUGUCAUGGAUGCGAAAAGUUUGUUGAAGAUAUGGAACUUGAACAAGUUAACUGGGGUCAUCGGUGUUUUUAAUUGCCAAGGAGCAGGAAGAUGGCCCAUGAAACAAGAAGCUGAAGAAAUACCAGCUGUGCCUUCCGGGCCUCUAUCCCUUUCAGGUCAUGUGAGUCCUAUUGAUGUUGAAUUUCUCGACGAUAUUGCCGGUGAAGAUUGGAAUGGAGAUUGUGCAGUCUAUGCUUUCAAUUCAGGAUCUCUUUCCAUGCUGCCAAAGAAAGGGAUUCUUGAAGUGUCCUUGACCACUCUAAAAUACGAGAUAUAUACCAUCUCUCCAAUUAAGGUUUUUGGUCAGAAUCUUCAGUUUUCUCCGAUAGGAUUGCUUGACAUGUACAACUCGGGAGGAGCAGUCGAAGCUGUAAACUGCAUUAUCGAUGUUUCAUCUUGCACAGUCAAAGUCAAUGGCCGAGGCGGUGGCCGGUUUGGAGCCUACUCCAACACUAAACCAACCUUUUGCAGGGUGGACAUGAAAGAAGAAGAGUUCACUUACAACGACAAUAAUGGAUUAUUGACAGUCAAACUUGAAUGCACAGGCAAUUUUAGAGAGAUUGAAUUCAUAUAUUAGGGCGUUUGUCUUUCCAUGGAAAUAUGCAUUCUACGAAAGUUCAAGAGUUCCAUUCCAGGAUUUGGCUUUAAUUGAUUCUGUAGACACGAUUUUUUAAGCCUUAAAUUAAGCAAUCACAAUUGUAUAAAUAUUUGAUUUAAUAAAAUAUAUGAUUGUGUACCCUUUUUAUUUAAAA